CCUGGAGCGCUCAGUGAGAUGAUUGACAUGACCCGCGUCCAAUGAGCACCAAACUCGGAGAGUUUACAAUAGAACAGGGAGUAAGAGCGGGGCGGGUUCACACACAGAGGACCAAUAGGGGAACAGGAGGGCGGGUGUUUUCGCAACUUAGGCUUUUGUUCUCAGCGAGGGCAGUAAAGUGAAGUUUUGUCACCGUUAUUCUGCGGGACAUCCCAGUUCAGACUCAAGAGUAUCACACCGGAAUUCAUUUAUUCUCCUCAGGAUAAAUUUGACCUGUGUUUGUGAGGAUUUAUUGAGACUGGGUUUUCAGUUUUUUGCACAAUGGAAAGUCCAUCAUCAUCUUCAUUUUCGUGAGAGGAACGCUGUGAGUUUUACUGGAUGAAUCUUGACAGGAUUUUACUUCAGCCGUGACCCUUUUCUCUCCCGUGGAAAGUUGAAAAGUCGUUUCGAGGAUAUAGCUUCGGAAAUAUAAGCGGUAAAAAUACUUCAGUGCAACUUUUGAUGAAGUUCGAAGACGUUUUUUCCCCGAGGAUAUGAUGUUGUGAAUGUGUCAGGUUCGGGAAAAUCCUGACUGGAUUUAUGAUCAUGGCGCUUUCGGGGAGAUCUCUGGACACUUUUUACCUCAUCCUAUUCACCUUAUGGACUUUAUCGAGGCGUUCUUUAUCCAGUCAGGUUCGGCAGGAGUUUAAAGUUCGCGAAGAGCAGCCGGUUGGUACUUAUGUGGGCACGAUCGAGACCAAACUCACCUUCACGUACAGAUUCAGCGAACACCACAAACUUUUCUCCAUAAACGCCACGACGGGCGUCAUUUACACGUCCUCCGUGAUCGACCGAGAGAUUCUUCCCAGCAACAUCAUCAACGUGGUGGUGCUUUCCAGUCAGCCAACGUACCCCACCGAAGUUCGCAUCGCGGUUCUGGAUAUGAACGACAACGCACCCGUGUUUCCAGACGCGUCGAUCGUCGUGUCGUUUAAAGAGGACGCGAGCAGCGGGCGGCAGGUGAUUCUCGACACGGCGACGGACGCCGACAUCGGGAGUAACGGGGUCGACCACACGACGUACCGAAUCGUGAGCGGGAACGAGCAGAGGAAGUUUCGCCUGGAUAUCACCGUCAACCCGAGCGGCGAGGGCGCGUUUCUGCAUCUCGUGUCCACGGGUGGGUUGGAUAGAGAAAUGACUCCCUUCUACCAGCUCCUCAUCCAAGUGGAAGAUAAAGGUGAACCCAAAAAGUUUGGUUAUCUGCAGGUAAACGUCACCAUUCAAGAUAUCAAUGACAACCCGCCUGCGUUCGAUCAGGAUCAAUACCAGACGAACGUGUUUGAGGAUGCUGCUGUCGGCUCUAGUGUUCUACAAAUAACUGCCACCGAUUUAGACGAGGGAGCAAAUGCUGAAAUUAGCUAUUUUUUAGAUGAGGGAACUCCGUUUCAGAUAGACCCCAAAGCUGGAACUCUUGUUAUAAAAGAGGUAUUAGACUAUGAGACGAGGAAAGAGUAUUCCCUCACAAUUCACGCUGUUGACAACGGUGUGCCAUCUCUCUCGGGCAGGUCGGAAGCAACGAUUAAACUGCUCGAUGUUAACGACAAUGACCCUGUGGUGAAAUUCCGCUACUUCCCCACGACCUCUAAAUUCGCCUCCGUGGAUGAGAACGCCCAGGUGGGCACCGUCGUAGCGUUGUUGACGGUUUCAGACUCAGACUCGGCCACAGCCAAUGGAAACAUUUCUGUCUCGAUUCUCGGCGGAAACGAACAGAGGCACUUCGAAGUUCACACGUCGCCCGUCCCGAAUCUGAGUUUGAUCAAAGUGGCCAGCGUGUUGGACCGAGAGCGAAUCUCCUCCUACAAUUUGACCGUUUCCGUGUCGGAUAACGGCAGGCCCGUCGCGCGCUCCUCCUUCGCCAGUCUUGUUAUAUAUGUAAAUGACAUUAACGACCAUCCGCCUAUAUUUCAGGAAGCCGUGUAUAGAGUAGACAUCAGUGAAGACAUUCCUAAAGGCAGCUACAUUAAAGGGGUCUCGGCCACAGAUGGAGACUCUGGGCAGAACGCCAAUCUGCGCUACUCACUGGUGUCUGGAAACAGUUUGGGCUGGUUCGCCAUCAGUGAGAACAGCGGUUUGGUUACCAGCGCUGCAGCUCUCGAUAGGGAAAUAGCCUCGGAAGUAGUGCUAAAUGUCAGUGCCAAAGACCAGGGCCUGCAGCCAAAAAUCUCUUACACCAAACUGAUAGUAAACAUCACAGAUGUCAACGAUCAGGUUCCCACAUUUAUGCAAAGCACGUAUCACGUUUCUUUAGUGGAGCGUUCCCCUUCCGGCACAGAGCUGGUGGUGCUGUCCGCCACAGAUUCCGAUCUCGGGGCCAAUGGCACGCUCCGUUUCUCGUUUGACCCUGAAACGCCUGCGAGCGUUCAGAAUCUGUUCAGGUUAGAUGCGGCGUCAGGACGCUUGAGUGUAUCCACAGAGCUGGACAGAGAAGAGCAGGGCUCCUAUUUGUUGCACAUCAAAGCCACAGAUGCUGGCACACCCCCGCUUUUUUCCAUCUGCAAAGUUAAUAUCACGGUUAAAGACGUUAAUGAUAACAGCCCCGUGUUUUAUCCCGUGCAGUAUUUCGCCAACAUAAAAGAAAACGAACCUUCUGGCUCGUUUGUCGCGACGGUAACGGCUUCCGAUCCUGACCUGGGCCGAAAUGGCACUGUAAAAUAUGCCAUCACUGCUGGUGACUCUCAUAAGUUUCACAUCAACAGCAAUUGGGGUAAAAUCACAACUCUAGUGCCUCUAGACAGAGAGGAAAAAACCGCUUAUCAGCUACAGGUUACAGCAACAGAUGGAGGAGGUUUGCGCUCGCACGCGCACGCUAUUGUCACCGUCACUGUAAUAGACACACAAGAUAAUCCUCCUGUGUUCAGUCAAAGAGAAUACAGCUUUGUUAUGUUUGAGAAUGUGGCAGUGGACACCGUCAUAGGCACCGUGUCCACCACCACGGUAGAUCUGAACACAAACGUCACUUAUCUGAUAGCAUCAGGGGACCAGCGCGGUCUGUUUGCAGUCAAUAGUGUCACGGGGCAAAUCACAGCAUCAGGCCUCAUAGACAGAGAAGAUCAGGCGUUUUACCAGCUCAGAUUGAUCGCUAGGGGUGGGGAGGUGACUGGGGAGACCUUAGUUAACAUCACCGUGAAGGAUUUAAACGAUAACGCCCCCCAUUUCAUUCACGCGGUCGAGCACGUUAGCGCUGUGGAGAACUGGGCCACGGGUCACCACAUAUACCAGACAAAAGCUUCAGAUCCAGAUGAGGGCACCAACGGGGUGAUUGUGUACAGUCUCAAACACAACCCCAAAGGCCUGUUUCACAUCCACGAGAGACACGGAUUAAUCACGCUCACUGGCCCCCUGGAGGUCACCACCAGCUCCUACCAGUUAGAGGUCGUGGCCUCUGACCUCGGUAUCCCUCAGCACACCUCCAGUCUCAUUCUCACCGUUAGUGUGUAUGAUGUCAACGACAAUGCGCCAGUUUUUGAUCAGCUCUCUUAUGAGGUCACCAUUCUGGAAUCGGAGCCAGUGAACAGUCGUUUUUUUAAAGUGGAGGCCACUGAUAAAGACUCUGGGCUUAAUGGUGAGAUCGUGUAUGAUAUUAUGAGCGGUAACACAAAUGAAGUUUUUGGCAUCUUCCCCGACGGGCAGUUGUACAUUAAAGCAGAUUUGGAUCGAGAAGUACAAGAACGCUAUAGUUUAUUAGUGGUGGCCAAAGACAGAGCCGUCGAGCCUUUGAGCGCCAGCGUUAACGUCACUGUCCUCCUCGAUGAUGUCAAUGAUAACCGUCCGCUUUUUAAUAGCACCAGUUAUGUCUUCCGUUUCGAGGAGGAGCAGCAGCGAGGCUCGCCGGCAGGGCGGAUUUAUGCAGAGGAUAAAGAUUUUGGGCUGAACAGCGAGGUCCGUUACUCAUUUGAAACUCCUCAGCCAAACUUUGAGCUUAACGCCAUCACGGGUGAGAUCACCAGCACGCUACGGCUCGACCGCGAGUCUCUCGUGAGACAAAGAGGCGCUGCGGUAUUCAGUUUCAGUGUCGUGUCCUCUGAUCAGGGCCUUCCCAAACCUCUCAAAGACCAGGCCAAAGUUCAAGUAUACGUGCAGGACAUCAAUGACAACCCACCCAAAUUCACCAAGGACAUGUACCAGGCCUCUAUCUCAGAAUCAGCCCAGAACAUGACACAAGUGCUGCGUGUGUCUGCCUCAGAUGUAGAUGAAAAUAAAAACGGCCUAGUUCGCUACGACAUCCUGGAGGGAAAUGAAGAAAAGCAGUUUAGCAUUGACAGCACUUCAGGUCAAGUUACUCUAGUGGGAAAACUAGACUAUGAGGCAACACCCUUUUACUCCCUGAAAAUUAUAGCCGAGGACUCUGGCAUCGUGCCCCUGUCGUCCACUUGUGUGUUAAGCAUCACUGUUCUGGACGAGAAUGACAACUCGCCCUCAUUUCCCAAAUCUACCCUCACGGUGGAUGUUUUGGAGAACAUGCGCGUAGGGGAGCUGGUCGCCUCCGUGAGCGCCACAGACUCUGACUCGGGUUCCAACGCUGACAUCACGUUCAGCAUUUCUGCCACAAACAAUCAUGGUACAUUCAGCAUUAGUCCUAACACUGGCAGUAUUUUUCUGGUUAAAAAACUGGAUUUUGAGACUCAGUCACUGUACAAACUCAACGUCACCGCCAGAGACGGUGGACGGCCACCGAGGUCCAUGUCUAUUCCUGUCAUCAUUCACGUCAGAGAUUUCAAUGACAAUCCUCCUAUUUUUAGUCCAGGCGAUAUUUUUAAGUCCAUCCCUGAAAAUCUUCCCAUCUCCACGUCUGUCAUGACCGUAACAGCUCACGAUACAGAUGCCGACAUAAACGGUCAGCUGGAAUAUUCCAUCGUCCAGCAGACCCCAAGGGGCGGUCAUUUCCGCAUUGAUCCGGCGUCUGGAGUUAUUUACACCAACAGGGAAAUCGACAGAGAGUUCUCCAACCUCUUCGAGCUGACCGUUAAAGCGACGGACCAGGCCGUGCCCGUCGAGUUCCGUCGCUUUGCUCUGAAGAACGUCACUGUAUGGGUGACGGACCAGAACGAUAACGUGCCUGUUUUCAUCUCCCAGAAUGCCUUAGUGGCUGAAUCUAACAUCGUGAUCGGUUCCAUUCUCACCACCGUGGUGACGUUUGACCCAGACGAGGGUGCGAACGGAGAGGUGGAGUAUGAACUAGUGCGAGGCGAUUUCGAUAUGUUUAUCAUGGAUCGUUACAGCGGAGAUAUCAGACUAGCGUCUCAACUGGUGCCCUCGAAACUCAUGUACAGUCUGACCGUGUCUGCUACGGAUCACGGCACAGAGCGCAAGACCUCACGGACAGAGCUGACCAUCAUUCUUCAGGGUACAGAUGGGCCUGUCUUCUCCCAACCCAAAUACAUCACUAUUCUAAAAGAGGGCCAGCCGCCCGGAACCAAUGUCAUCUCACUGGAUGCGUCCAGUCUACGUGGAGCUGGUGCUAAGGUGGAGUUUUUCAUUGUCUCGGUUCAGAGCGGAGGGAAGGCCGUAGGCCGGCUUUUCACCAUCGGCCGGCACACCGGGGUGAUCCAGACGGCUGCAGAACUGGACCGAGAGCAGGGCUCAGACCUGUACGUGCUGGAUGUGUACGCCAUUGAAUCAGACGCCAGCCAGCCCCAAACGCAGCACGCAGAGGUGAGGAAUGCUUUUUUAAUGUGAACAGAAGAAUA